UAUUUAUGGAUUAAUAAUUAGAAUAAGUUAGUGUUGAUAUCCAGAAAAUAGUAUAUAAAAAGGCAAUGUUACAUGCAUGUAAAUAUUCAACUGAAGAUGUUAUAGGUAUUGAUUUAUAUAAUAAUAUUUAGGAAUAUUGGUUGGUUAGAUUAAUGAUAAAUGUAUAAGUAUUGUGGAUGCAUAUCCGUUAUUCCAUUCAAGAGUAAGUUUAAACACUUUAGAAGUAUCCUUAGAUAUAGUAAAUGAAUGUGUAAAUAAUAAAUUAGAUAUAAAGUGAAUUGUAAAGUGAUAGAAAGAUAAUUGGUGUUUAUGAGGCUAGAGCUAAUUCUCGAGGUAUUAUGAGUGAGAUUGCUCAAGAAAUGUUAUAAAACAUAAAUUAAAAGUAAGCAAUUUUGAUGAGAAUUUCAUAAAUAGAAUUGGAUGAUAAUUAUUUAUUGAAUGCUAAAGUAAAAAUAAAUAAAUAUUAAAGAUUGUUUCAUUGAAUGAAAAUAUGAAAUAUGUGAUAAAUUCAUCAAGUACAUUAGAAUGGAAGAUUAUUGAAGAUUGUUUGAAAGCUGGUCUUCAUUGGAAAAUAAUAGAUUUCGAUGCUCAUUUUGAAAAUGUGUAAUUAAAUUUCAGAAAUCAGUAUUUAGAAUGAAUAAUAUGAAAUAG